AAAAGAUUUAUGCCAUGGGCCUUAAAAUUUUUUUGCUCUUUGUCAAAAAUAUAAAAUGUUUUGAAGAAUUUUCUCGUUUUGAAAGGUUUGUCAUACAUCUGGUUUGUCUUAGGAUGCCCAACAACAUGGGUUUCUCGUUGCAAGAGGACGUAUUUUACGAGUUUCUUAAGACCCGUUUUUUUCUUAUAAAUUUAUUUAGCUUCAAAAUUUGGGAAUUUUUUUUCUAUUGAAAUAUAGGAAGAAAUGUACGAAAAUGUAGACAUUUUUCCAGAAAUUGUCUUGGAAAAGUCUUACAAACUGGUUUUACACGUCAGUUGCUCUUCAGCUUUCGGAAGAGUAAAACCGCAAGUGAAAAAACUAUUAAAAGUUAUUGAAUAUAUAGUGAUGGAUGUGUAGUGAAUUCGCAAAUAUUUAAUAAUAUUCUGGAACGACAUUUAAGGAUUACAAAAAAAGGAAUCGGUCUAAAUAUUUUAUGAAAUCAUGUUCCUGUGCCGCUUCUGUGAUCAUCAGACAGUGAUUCUUUCCAAACAUAUCACCCAUCAAUCUUUUCACAGAAAUCUCAGCAGAUAUAAGCAUUGUGGAUAUAAUGCCUGUAAAAUGUUAUUUGAAUCAGAAGAAUCUUUAAAAAUGCAUGUAAAUAAAAAACACCCUUUAAAAUCACGUUGCAAUUUAUAUGAAACAAUGUCUCAAAAAUUAGUUCAACAAAAUAGUACAUUUAUUUGCAGUGUUAUCAAUUGCCAAAAAGAACAUUUUAGAUACCAGACUUUUAUCAAACAUUUAAAAGAACACAUUAGAGCCGGAGAAAAUGUUAAGUGUCCGUAUGAUGUAUGUAAUAAAAAAUAUUCCAAUGUUAGUUCCUUCACUAGUCACUUGUCAAGGCACAAAAAUUCAUCGCUUUCUACUUCAACCGAGUUAACUAUUAUGCAAAAUGUUGAAAUAGCUCAAUGUUUUGAUCAAGAAAACCAUCCAGAUACAAGUUUAGCAAAUCAUGACAUUAAUACAAAUGAGAUUCAUAUUAAUUCCAGUAAUUCUAUAAAUGAUCAUAUUUGUAAUAACCUUUUUGAAAUCAAUUUAGCCCAACUGUAUUUAAAAUUAGAAGCUCAAUUCUUAGUUCCUGUAUCAACAAUUCAAUUCUUUAUAGAAGAAUUAGAAAAUAUUGACAAUCAACGACUUAAUGUUUUAAAAGAAAACUUAAACAAACAAUUAUCGCUGUUAAUUAUAAAUGAUGAAACAGAUAAAAUUGUUGAAGCAGUUUUCUCAACUGAUCCACUGCAAAUUUGCAAGUCUAACUUCGAAACAAAUUAUAAAAGAAGGAAAUUUUAUAAGAAACACUUUACAUAUGUAAAACCAGAACUUGUGUCUUUAGGAAAAAUUCGAGGGAAAAAAGCCCACUUUCAUUAUGUGCCGAUUAUUGAAACAUUAAAAGCUUUAUUCAAAAAUAAGUCUUUUGAUAUUAAUUUAAAAUUACCUCAAAAUGAUACCCAAAUUCUUAAAGACUUCACAGAUGGAUUAAUGUUCAAAUCCAAUCCAUAUUUUUUAGAAAAUCCUGAAGCUCUUCAGAUCAUACUUUACACGGAUAGUUUUGAGGUAGUAAAUCCAAUUGGCUCGUCACGUAAAAAGCAUAAAAUUCUAGCUGUGUAUUUUACUUUGGGAAAUUUGCCCGAUUAUUUGCGGUAUCAAAUGAAUUCAAUUCAGCUUGUUUUAUUAUGUAAAGAAAAAGAAUUUUGUCAUGAAAAAGUUUUUGGAAGGCUCGUAAAAGAUUUAAUAAAGUUAGAAACUGAAGGUUUUGAAGCCUUUCCAAAUAAAAUUGUCAAAGCUGGUGUGAUUUUCAUAGCAAAUGAUAAUUUAGGAGCUCAUGGAUUAGGCGGGUAUCAGGAAAAUUUUAGUAUUUCUAUAUAUUUCUGCAGAUUUUGUCUUAUUACUCGAAAAGAAUUUGUAUUUAAUAAAUGUGAUAGAUGUCAACAAGAACGAGAAAUACCAAAACAAUUUGAUGAUAAUAGUCAGACUACUGAAGAAGAAAUAGUUGUAGUCGAAGAUGAACUUAAUGAAGAAAAUGGAAUUUGUGAAGAAGAGGACGAAAAUGAGGAAGAAGAGGAAGAAGACGAAAAUGAGGAAGAAGAGGAAGAAGACGAAAAUGAUAAUGAAAAGGAAGAAGACGAAAAUGAUGAUGAAGAGGAAGAAGACGAAGAAGACGAUACAGAAGAAGAGGAAGAUGAUAAUGUAGACAAUAAUGAAGUACAUAGGAAAGAUUACAUACCGUAUUCUUAUAAAAAAAGAACUGUUACUUCUUAUCUCAAUGCGUUAAAGAAUUUGAAAAAAUUAAAACAUUAUCAAGGUAUUAAGUUUAAUUCUGUAUUCAAUUCUUUGAAAAGUUUUCACGUGUGCAAUUCAGGACUACCACCGUGCAUGGCGCAUGACUUACUGGAAGGCAUUUCAGCAUAUGAUUUAAGCUUAAUUUUGGAUUAUUUUGUUUCUAAAGGUUGGUUCACUUACGAGUUUUUAAAUUCGAAGAUAGAAACUUUUAAAUACAGUCCUACUGAUCAAAGAGAUAAACCUGCCAUUAUAUCAAAAAAAAAAAAAAAAAUUGUAGGUAACGCGUGGCAACUUCUUACCUUAAUCCGCCUUCUUCCUUUUUAUAUAGGAUAUAAAAUUGAUACGAAUGAUGAAGUAUGGGAAUAUUUUUUGAAACUUUCCGAGAUAGUUGAAAUUGUUUGUGCACCACAAAUUCAUUUGUCAUUUAUACCCUAUUUAGCAGAUAUUAUAAAUGAAUACCUAACAUUAAGAAAAAAAUUGUUUCCAACAAUUAAACUACGUCCUAAACAUCACUAUUUAACACACUACCCAGAAGUGAUACGUCAAUUAGGUCCUGUUAAAAAAUUAUUUACAUUACGGUUUGAAAGUAAACAUACUUUCUUCAAGAGGGUUAUGAGAAAUAUUAAAUGUUUUAAAAAUGUUACUUUAUCAUUAACUGAAAAGCAUGAAUUGCUCCAAAGCCUUUUACGUUCAGGAGCAGGAUUGAGGUGCGAACUGCGUCUAAAUGAAGAAACUGAUUUUUUUAAUUUCCGUUAUUCAGCAGAGAUACAACAAGCAAUAUUUAAUGCUGAAAUAAAUUCAUCACUUACUGAAUGUGCAAGUGCUGAAUUAAAAGGAUAUAACUACAAAAAAGGAGGCAUUGUAGCUGUUCGACAAACCGCCUAUCAGGAAAAUGUCGAAAUGGGAAGAAUUGCAAUUAUAUUGUGCGAUGACAAAGGAUGCUUGUACUUUGUAUUGGAAAUUUUAAAAACUACAUUUCAACAUCAUCUUCGACUAUAUAGGCUAGAUAACUGCUUACGAUACGAAUGUAUUGCAAUUAAAAACUUAAUGACAUAUGAACCACUUCACAUCUAUGUAGAAAAUACUACAUCAUAUGUAAAAAUUAAUCAUGGUCUCGUUACUACUUCACUAUAAAUUUUAAAAUCAUAAUAGUUUUAGUUA